AUGGACCGGCCGGGGGCCACGAAGAUGAGGUUCUCGCGGGUGAUCCUCCUGCUCCAGAUUGCCUUCGGUUUUUCUGUACUGCUCGCCGGCGUCGGCAGCUUUCGCCAGUUCCACUCUCUGAAUCUCUCCGCCCACAUCAAGGAGAGAGCUUUCCGCCGGCCGGAGACCGUCGAGCAAGAAGCCUGCGCCGGCUUCGACCUGCGGGCUCUCGCCGACCGCGUCGAGGAGGCGCUGACCGAGCUGGCGGCGCUCCAGGAGAAGCUCGAGGGCACCAUCCGCAGCAUCGACAAGAACAAGGAGCUCCGCGCUCAAAAUAUGUCCCGAGCGGAGUUUCGCCACUUCCUGGACGAGCAGGUGGUGCAGCCGCUGUACAGCGCCCACGUUGGCCUCCGGCUGAUCCGGCUUCCCCUUAUGGAGGAGCCCUCAAAGGGAGGAGGAGACCCCCUCGUCAACUUCUUUACAGUGGAGGAGACCCGAAAGUACCUCACCGGGAAGGAGAACCGCCAUGGGAAGGUCAACAUCCAUGGCGCCAACCGGACCUACAACACCAUCGGCCACGCCUGCGUGCUGAUGAAGAAGGAGCUGGAGGAGUACAUGAACUACGAGAUCGGCUCCUACUGCAAGGACGACUGGUUGCAGGGCCAGGCGCUGAUGGUGCGCGGCUGCGACCCGCUGCCGCGCCGUCGCUGCCUGGCCCGCGCGCCGCGCCUCUACUUGCAGCCGUUCCCCAUCAACGAGUCCCUGUGGCGGCUCCCUGACGACCGCAACGUGCGGUGGAACAGCUACCGGUGCCGAAGUUUCGCCUGCCUCUCCAGCAAGAACCCCCGAAGGGGCUUCUCCAAGUGCACCGGCUGCUUCGAGAUGGAGAAGGAGGCGGCCAAAUGGGUGACCAACAGCUCCCUCCGUGCGGAUUUCCUCAUCGCCGACGUGCUGUCGGUGAAGCCAGGGGAGAUCAGGAUCGGCUUGGACGUCAGCGUGGGAACGGGAUCCUUCGCUGCGCGAAUGCGGGAGUGGAAUGUGACCAUCGUCUCCACGGCGCUCAACGUAGGGGCCCCCUUCAGCGAGACCAUCGCCCUGAGGGGGCUCGUCCCCCUAUACAUAACCCUAAACCAGAGGCUCCCCUUCUUCGACAACACCUUGGAUAUCAUCCACACCGCCGUCUUCCUCGACGGGUGGAUUGAUCUGCAACUCCUGGACUUCGUCCUCUUCGACUGGGAUCGCGUCCUCCGUCCGGGGGGGCUCCUCUGGAUCGACAAGUUCUUCUGCAACAAGAAGGACCUCAACGAUUACAUGUACAUGUUCCUGCAGCUCCGGUACCGCAAGCACAGGUGGGUAGUCGCCUCCAAGUCCGAGGAGGAGGUCUACCUCUCCGCGCUCCUCGAGAAGCCACCUCGAACGCUCUGA